AUGGACACGGUCGUGGCCACGGCCGCGCCCGCGCGCCGCCUCCUCGGCAAUGGCACCCACGACCAUCGCGCUCACCACGGCGGAGGCGCGGCGAGUUCCCCGGCGCGGCCGCCGCCGCAGGAGUCGUUCCCUAUGCUGCUGCCCGUGUUCAUCCUCUUCGUGCUCCUCCUCUGCUUCCUCUCCAUCUUCCUCCUGCGCGACCUCCUCCACUUCUUCUCCCUCUGGCUGCGCCGCCGGCGCCGCCUCCGCGCCGCCGCCGAUGCGGACGCCGCGUCCGGCGCCAGCGCCAGCGCCGACACCACGCCGGACGAGCAUGCGCCGCACAAGCCGGCCGGUCUGGACCCCGCUGUCCUCGCCACGUUCCCCACGGUGCGGUGGUUCGAGGACACGCACCAGCCGGCGUCGGUGCAGGCCGAAUGCGCCGUCUGCCUGUCGGAGUUCGCCGCGGGCGACGCGGUCCGCUGGCUCACCGUCUGCCGCCACGCGUUCCACACGGCGUGCAUCGACUCGUGGCUCGGCGCGCACACCACGUGCCCCGUGUGCCGCUCCGAACUGGACGCGCCGCCUACCAUGCCCCGCUGCGGCGACGGUGGACGCAUCGCGAUCGUGGUAGACGAUCAGGGAGCCAGCACGGCAGCGGUGGAGGACACAGACCAUACGACAUCACCCCCGGCGAGCGGUGGCGUGCAAUCGCGCCCUGACCGGUGA